AUGGCUAAAAGCACGUUCUUGCGCGCCUUGCCUCUGGCGGCCUCGGUCUCGGCAUCCGCCUUGUACUCAACGUACGACUUCAAUCCUCUACACCAUCUCAGCGGCAUCGCCCCGUAUUUUGAACCGCAAGAUCCUCCCGCAUCCCCUGACGCCCCCCAGGGGUGCACCGCAGAGCGCGCAGCCUACCUCGUCCGCCAUGCCGCCAUCUACGCCAACGAUUUUGACUACGAGGAGUACAUUGAAGGCUUCGUGAAGAAGCUGGACAACACCACCGUCGACUGGACAAAAGUUCCCGAGCUGAGUUUCCUCGCCGGAUGGAAUGCUCCCAUCAGCGAUGACGAGAUCUCGCUUCUGACCCGCGUCGGACGCCUCGAGGCAACCCAGCUCGGCGUCGACCUCAACUUUCGGUACCCCAACUUUAGCGUCCCCAAGCAGGUCUGGACCUCGUCAGCCUCGCGCACGCUGCAGUCGGCCAAGUCGUUUGCCCGCGGCCUGGAGGAGGACGAGAGCAGCAUCAAGAUCAACAGCAUCUACGAGUCCAAGGAGUCGGGCGCCGACAGCCUUACGCCGUACAAGGCCUGUCCGGCUUACUCGUCCUCGGCCGGCAGCGACGAAUCGGACGAGUUUACCGAUAAAUACACCAAGCCCAUCGUAGCCCGUCUGAAAAAGGCCGCGCCCGGUUUCAACUUUACCGACAAGGACAUCUUUGGCAUGCAGCAGCUGUGCGGUUACGAGACGGUAAUUCGCGGCAAGUCACCGUUUUGUAGUUUGAAGCUCUUCACUCCGGAUGACUGGCUGGCUUGGGAGUACUCGGAGGACGUCCGCUACCACUACAAUGUUGGCUACGGCAGCAACGUUGCCGGCUACAAUGGCCUCCCCUGGCUCAAGGAAACGGGCGAGCUUCUCAUGAGCAACGCAAAAAACGGCAGCAACGCCAACAACAACAGCGGCCACAUCGACGAUUUACUCGUGAGUUUCACGCACCGUGAAUUGCCGCCCAUGGUUAUUGUUGCCAUGGGCCUCUUCAACAACUCGGACUUUGGCGGCGCGUCCAACGUCAACGACACCAUGCCGGCCGAUCGCAUCAACUAUCGCCGAGCGUGGAAGAGCUCCAACAUCCUGCCCUUCUUGGGCAACAUUGCCAUUGAGCGCCUUCAGUGCCGCGGGAGCUACGGGUAUGGUGACGGCGAUUUUUACAGAGUGCUCGUCAACAGCGCCCCGCAGCCGCUGCCCAGCUGCGCGGACGGCCCGGGCACGAGCUGCUCUCGCGAUGCCUUUGUCCAUUAUCUGAAGGAAAGGGUGGAUAGAUUUAGUGGCUUUACUGAGCAUUGCAAUGCGACUUAUAAGAACAGCACAGAUACAAUGUCGUUGUAUGUCGCGAAGAACAGCGCCAAGAGAUGA